AUGUCCAGAAAAAGACACAGUUAAAGGUCAAAGGGAGGAAAUCCCUAAUAGGGCAUUAUUUAAUCAAGAUCCACCUAAUAGGCUAAUUGUGAAGACUCCCUGACGACUGAAUGCUUAAUAAGGACUUUCAUGGAUAAGGGGAAUAUGGAGGAUCAAAUUUUAAAAACAUUAUUCAUUGAUGAAUUAAGGUUGAAGGAUAGGGAGAGUAAAGGUAUCAAACCUAAUUGA